GGACGCCGGAGACAGCCGCGGCCGCGAAAUCCUUGAGCGCGGCGGAGGCGGGACUUCGUGUGGCCCCUCCUUCGCCUCCCUUCCCAGAGUGGUCGGGAGGGGGUCCCGGCGUCCGGGACUUGUCCAGUGUGGGGGAGGGUCCCGGACGCCGGGGUCAGAGGCAGGGACAGAUUCAGGACACUGGGGUCUGGUCCUGAGUAAAGGAGGCCCCACUGCCCCUGGGUCCUCCAAGCCUGCUUCAGUUUGCCUUCGCAAGUAAACGGGGCUGGACCCUCCCCUUUGGCCCCGGAGUGCUUGAAGUCUGGUCCCAUCCUGGUCCCAAUGCACUGCUCUUUGUGGCCUCCUUUCACCAGCCGUCUGCCUGUCGCCAUGCUGUCCCUGUGCCUGUGCCGGUCGUGGCCCCGCAGCCCUCCCUCCCGGCUAUUCUCAGCGACCACCGGGCAGCGGUCUGGCCCCAGGAACUACUAUGAACUGUUAGGGGUGCACCCUAGUGCCAGCACUGAAGAAGUUAAACGAGCUUUCUUCUCCAAGUCCAAAGAGCUGCACCCUGACCGGGACCCAGGGAACCCGACCCUGCACAGCCGCUUUGUGGAGCUGAGUGAAGCAUACCAGGUGCUCAGCCGGGAGCAGAGCCGCCUCAGCUAUGAUCGCCAGCUCUGCUCAGCGGCGUCUCCAAAGUCCCCAGGAGCCACAGCCCAUCCCGGGUCUGCUCAAGCGCACAGGAGCUCCUGGGAACACCCCAAUGUACAAUACUGGGCCCAGUUUCACGGUGUGAGGUCUCAGGGACCAGAGUCGAGGCGGCAGCAGCACAAACACAACCAGCGGGUUCUGGGUUACUGCCUCCUGAUCAUGUUGGCAGGCAUGGGCCUGCAUUAUGCUGCUUUCAGGAAGCUGGAGCAGGUCCACCGCAGCUUCAUGGAUGAAAAGGAUCGGAUCAUCACAGCCAUCUACAAUGACACACGGGCCCGGGCCAGGGCCAACAGAGCCAAGCUCCAGGAGCGAUUGCAGAGCCAGCAGCUGCAACCCCGACCUGGAGAUCCAGGGAUUGUGCCUCCCGGCACAGGCGCGGACAGCGGCCCUGGAGCGGCCCACUAGGACGGGGCCUGCGCUGUGUUCCCUCCUCGCCACCCCGCGGGACGCCUCACUCCCCAAAACGCGUGCAAUAAAAUGAUUCUCAGAGA